AUAACCUCUAUACAACAGCUGAAAAGCCAGUUUAUUGCAAAAAAGGCGCCCGGCAAACAUUUUUUAUAUUUUUAUAAGUUUAGUGUUAAAAUAUACAAAAAUUUCAAUAAAAUUAGUUUAAAAUUGUAAAUAAAGAAAAUGAAUUGUAUAAAUUCAUAUUGCACGCCAUUGAAACAAAAUGUUUUGGUGGAACAAAGUUUAGAUUUAAAAAUGAGGGCCUCGAAAGCUAAAUAUUACCUAAAAUGGGGUUCUUUUAAUGUGAUCAUAUUGGCCAUAUUAAUGUUUGACAUUAGUAACAAGUGUCCAUAUGCAGAAUCCAACUGGUAUUACCUUGAGUACGGGGUGGCCACCAUAGUGGGUCUUAGUAUGUUGGCGUGUUUUCUAAAGUACUUUCUGUACAUAUUUUACACUCAACCAGUACAGGGUACUAGACAACAGAAAAAUCUAAUGAAAUUUGAUGAUAAUGACAAUUCGUUUAUAACCACUACACCCAAAAAGAAAGAACAGUUUAAUAAUAAACGACAAGAGUCCUAUAUUAAUAACACGAUUCUUAGUUGGCAUUCUUCUUUUAAUGAAUCUCGUGGAGCUAAUUCUCCUAACUGGAGUUAUACACGGACUACACCACCCCGCCAAAGUCUUAGUCCUCAACAGCAGCAUCAAUUACAGAAUGCUUCUUGGAAUUCUUCCAUGAUGAAUAAUUCUAAUUUCAAUGCCAGCACUAUAGAGGAUUCCAGUUCACCAUUUGUUUCUCCUUAUCAAAAAUACGAGAGAGAUGAACAGAUUACAGAUCAUGUUAGUUUACAGCGUUAUUUAAAAGACGUUUCUCGCAAAGAAUACAGCAUGACUGAAAUCACUGAUAUAAAUCCAACUUUCUCGACCGGAGGUUCUAUUAACUCCUUCUGGUCUUAUUGUAAUAAUGCAGCUAAUCUAUUAAAAACAUCGUUAUAUCAAUUGUCUCCAUCACCAGCUCCGGCCACACAAAAUAAACAAACAUCAAAAGAGGAGGGAGGUUUAAAUAUAAUUGAUAGUAACUCUGAAGUUAUAAAACGCAUUUCAUCGGAAAGACUCGCACAAUAUGUGGGCAAUUUAAGGACGUGGAUUUCCUUUACCAUAUUGCAACGUUUAACAAAAGAAAUUGGAAAUAUUGAUGAAUCAUUUAAACAACGCGGUUUUCACGACAUGCAAAUUGGUGGUAUUGGCUUGGAAAGACUAAAGAAAACGGUAGAGAGCCAACAAUUUGUUACGCUCUAUAUGCCAAUGCUGCCAAUGAUAGUGCCAUUUUUGGAAAUGUCAAGUAAUCAAGAAUAUUUGGUGCAACGCAUCAAGGAUUUGGCUAAAGGCUCUUGUAUAGCAGAUUAUCGUUGGAAUUCUGGUUCGGAAUAUCAUGGUCUUAAAUGGGACGAACAUUUACCCACUGACUCUGCAAUACUUUUCCAUUUGUUUUGUGUUUAUUUGGAUACUCAACUAAUGCCCUUACCUCAAGGCGGUGGUCGUCCCUUUUAUAGUCGCUACGUUAUUAUUGGUGAAGAGAAACGUUCGGCAAAGGAUACUGUGGCCUUGGUACAGAACAAGGCUCAUUGUGCCAUAUUGUGUACUAAUCCUUUGAAGCCUAAAUUCAAUUUUAUUAGUGAUGGAGAAAUACACAAUUGUGCCUAUGACCGCAAUAAUCUUUUCUAUGUUAUCAUACAAUUCCUGAUUUAUAUGCGUUCCCAUCAAGAGAGUAGCUUGGAGGGUGUUAAUCUUGGCAAGAGUGGUAUUAACAUUAUGUGUGUCAUAGAAGACUGAUUGUAUAAAAAUGAGUAUGUAGAUAGAUAGAUACAUAGUGGUUAUUGCUUGGACUACUACUGAUGCUACCGAUGUCGAAGAUGUUGCUCAUGUUAAUGGUAUGAAUGUGUAUUUUUUAAUGUUUGCAUGUGUGGUGGGUAUACUUGAAUGUGUGUGUGCGUGUCUGACUGCGUGUGUUUGAAUUUCUAUGGAUGGGAAUUGUUGUUAGUGAUAAAAACAGACAAAAUAUUUUUAGUAUGCUUGAGUAAUUUUCUUUCCAUUCAUUUUCAUACUUUUCUUUCUUUCUACUUUUUUUUUAUUUUUUUUCAUUAUGAAUAUCAUUAUAACUUGUCCAACUUAAUCAUCCUUAAGAAAAUUGAAACAUAUUGAAUUUUUUUGUAAUAAAGACUUUUUUGUGUAAAAAACAAGAUA